AUGGAUUUCCUGCGGCAAGUGGCGGUGGAUCUGCACGCGCUGCGGACCGAGGCCAAGCGCAAGUACCCAGUCGUAAAGGAGGCAGUGGACCGUGCGCUUGAGGUGCUGCCGAUCUUGCAGCAGCAGUACGCGGCGCUCGUGCGUACCGAGAAGCUCGCGCCAGGUCCCGGCCACAGUUUUUUCCAGAGCGAGAGCGUCUUGCGGCCAUUUCUAUUGACGUGUAACCACACGAACGCGUCCCACAAGAUUCUCGUGCUCGCACUGUCGAGUAUCCAGCGCCUCGUGAGCUGGGACGCCAUUGAACCGGCCAGUGUGGGCAGCAUCCUCCGGGUUUUGCAGAUCCAGGCCGAGAAAACCGCGUACACAGACGUGCAUGUCAAGUUACUGCAGACGGUCUUGCAGCUCAUGACGCUCGCGUACGAGGCGACGAACCGGGAAAAGGGUGCAGCUGUAGCGCGAACUGGUCAACAACAACUAGAGAACGAGCUUGUGGGGAAUGAAGAUAUGGUGAUGCAAGCUGUGUGGAUAUGUGUACAUCUUCACGAAAGCAGUGGCAGUGCUAGUUCAGUGGUAGGAAACACAGCAGCGAUGACGAUCCGGCAGCUGGUGUCGCUUGCAUUUAGCCAAGUUGACUCAAGUCCAGCAGCUAAACGUGUCGGCGUGCUGCUAUUCCAGGAUCUGUGCUUUAUCAGUCGAGAAGAGAGCGGUGUGUGGCUAAAACGCACGGCUGUGUCGCCGAUGAGUGCGGCGUUAGCGGUCGAGUUACUUGAGACGAUCGUUGUAACGGGGCACCCUGAAGCUUGUUCUGGUGACAGUACAAGCUACUUAUUCUGA